GGAAGUGGUGCAUUGUGGGUGUCCGAUGCUGCAUGUCAGGAUAGUUUAAGCUCACCUGAGGUACUUUGUACCAACUUCUACCUUCCGUACUGCGUGUACUUCUGCCUCAUUUCAACCAGAAUACGCAGUACGCGCAGCUGAAGGUGGUGGCCAUUGAUGAAAACCUCAACGUGGUUCACCAGAACAAUGUGCAGUUUGACUCCGAGCUACCUGAGUACAGGACGAAUGGAGGAGUUCAUAUUCAUGCUGACGGACUGACCGUCACCUCACCUGUGCUGAUGUGGGUCAAGGCUCUGGACCUGCUAUUGGACAAGAUGAAGGGGGCGGGCUUUGCUUUCUCGCGUGUCAGAGCGUUGUCGGGCAGCGGCCAGCAACACGGCAGUGUGUUCUGGAGAAGAGGAGCGUCUGAGACUCUGCAGAACCUGGACCCGGACCAAGACCUGCACCAACUGCUGCAGGUGAGCUUCUCCGUGUGCCAGAGUCCUGUGUGGAUGGACUCCAGCAGCACCCGGCAGUGUGAAGACCUCCAGGCAGCAGCUGGGGGCGCUAUGAGGCUAGCAGAGCUCACAGGGUCCAGAGCAUACGAGCGCUUUACAGGAAACCAGAUCUCCAAAGUGAGACAGACCCGACCAGAAGACUUCCUCAACCCCGAGAGAAUCUCAUUGGUCAGCAGCUUUGCAGCCUCUCUCUUCCUCGGUGGUUACGCCGCCAUCGACUUCAGUGACGGCUCAGGGAUGAACCUGUUGGACAUCAGGAGCAAAGACUGGUCUGAGAUCUGCCUGGACGCCACCGCACCUCAACUGGGCCGACUCCUGGGGGCUCCGGUGCCCUCCACCUCCGUACUGGGUCCUGUAUCCUCCUACUUUGUGCAGCGGUACGGUUUCUCUGAGAGCUGCAGGGUAGUGGCCUUCACAGGAGACAACCCAGCCUCUCUGGCGGGAAUGAGGCUCCAGCAGGGCGACGUCGCCGUCAGCCUGGGGACCAGUGACACGGUGUUCCUGUGGAUCCAGCAGCCCUCCCCGGCUCUGGAGGGCCACGUCUUCUGCAACCCGCUGGACUGGCGGGCCUUUAUGGCGCUGCUGUGCUUUAAGAAUGGAUCCCUGACGAGAGAACGAAUCAGGAACGAAAGCACUGGAGGAUCAUGGGAACUUUUUUCUCUUGCCCUGAGAGACACGCCUCUGGGGAACAACGGACACAUGGGCUUUUAUUUUGACAGCAUGGAAAUCACCCCCCCGGCAGUCGGAGUUCACCUCUUUGACCCAGACGACAACAAGGUGUCCUCCCUGAGUCCUCAGGUGGAGGUCCGGGCUCUGGUGGAGGGUCAGUUUCUGUCCCGGAGGCUCCACGCAGAGCGGCUGGGAUACUCCAUCACUCCUGGAACCAGAGUUUUGGCAACCGGAGGAGCUUCAUCGAAUAAAGACAUUCUGCAGGUUCUAUCGGAUGUGUUUAACGCUCCAGUUUACACCCUCGAUGUGUCCAACUCUGCUUGUCUGGGAUCAGCCUACCGAGCCCUCCACGGCACGAUGUCACAAUCUGUUGCGUCCUUCUUCGAUGUUGUGAAGAAAGCUCCCGAAGCACAACUGGUGGUGACACCACAUCCUGCAGCACAGCAGGUGUACGACCAGAUGCUGCAGCGCUACGCCCGAUUGGAGGAGAGAGUCCUGCAGGAAGCCCGCCCCUGAGCCUCACCGUCCAAUCGCCUGAGAAACACAGCACCUUUAAUGGAACAAAACAUUCCCAGAAACUGUACCACUGAAUAUGAAUUCAAUGUACGGUUCAUGAAAAAUGACAUUGAUUCGCUUCUCUCGGUCUGAAUUCUGCCGGUGAUCAAUUUAAAAAUGACUUUUCAGGAAUAUUAAAAAGAGUAUUGGACUGGAAAUGAGAAUCACAAAACUCAAA